GCGCGCUUGUUUCCUUUUUAGUUCGAGAUAUUAGACGUUAACCCCGCCUAUUUCUUGAUUCCAAAUACAUUAUUUCGGUUUUAAAGGAUAAUUCCCGAAAACUCGUAGUUAAAAAUAGGGAUUUUUAGUUGAUAAGAAUCCAACACUACCCAGGGAAUCAGAACAAUGGGUGUCUUCGUGAAUAUUUUUUACACCGCCAGCCGCAGGGCAAACAAAACAAAGAAGCCAAACUAACCUAAUUUUCUGAAUCCGCCAUCAGCUGAUGAGUCAGUCAGUGGUGUUGUAUCGUUGUCAGUUUAUCUUUAUUGUAGAUAUUUUACGUUCAAAACUUGUUUGUGAUAUACCACUUGUUAAUCAACGUGCAUGUCAGUGAUCCCGGGACAAUAAACAAUGUCGCAAUCCCGAUAUGGAAGAGGCGCCCCUGGUGGUUCGUUCACUGGGUCGAGCCCCAAAUCCCAUUCAAAAGGAGUAGCAGCCAGCUGCCCAGGCCAGAACCAGCCGUGCCCCAAUACAUCAAAACACAAGAACUGUUGCAGCGACAUUCGAAUAGUGCUCACUCUCACUGAGCCUGAAGAAGCGUUCGUUGCAGAGCUGAAGAAUAUGUAUCGGUUGCUGAAGAAAAGCCCCCCAGUAGUCUCCAAACUAGGGAACUACUUCAACCAGUGUUCCAACCCGUACGAGAGUUUCUUGAAGAUUCUCUACAACAGCCAGGAGUUCUACAACGCCAACAAAAAGUCGUUGCCGCUGCUUCUAAUCGAAGAAUUCGGCAGUUUCGCCACGAUCAACCGGAACAAAAUAGCCCAUCUGUUAACGGGCAAACUGAAGAUCGAUGCUUUCAAAAUCAUCACCAAACAGAACGUCCAGUCUGUCACCAAAAUGAUCAUUGAUAUCUUCGAAAUGGUUCAGGAUGGCGCUCUUUUUGUUGACAACAUCCAGUGUUUGAUCCAGAAGAAACAGUACAAAGAGGCCUGCCAGUACGCAGCCAUGCUCUCUUUACACGACAAGUUCUCAACGGAGGAGUUCCUAGUGCCCCUCAUAUUCCAAGACAAGUUGCAUUUCGUCGACGAGUUCCUCCAUGGAAGCCCGAGCCACCAAAGGGCCUUGAUCCAGUUUCUGGACUCCGUCCUGGACCAUAAUUCGGUGCGAGACGCUAUGGGACAAUACAUCGCGGAUCGCCACAUUCCGCAGGUGAAGUACGACAAGAUCCACGGCAAGCCCUGGAAGCGGCUGAUUGUGCGCUUCACCAAAAUGUUCAAAAUACCUGCUGACUUAACGCCCAACCUCAACAGAAGACGUAACGAGGGGGCUUUGCAGUUCCUACUCCAUAAGCGGUUUAUCGAGAACAGUUUCGGCGACGAAAGCUGGAAAGAGAUGGUGCAAGAGGCCGUGGGCGACAACGAGGACCUUCAAAGGGAACUGGUUGUUAGAGUGGCGCAGUAUGGGGAGUUUGCCGAGGCGCUUCGUUGGGCGCACUUCUACAGCGUGGACCGCAAAGACUGGCCGUACGGCGUCCGGAUGUUUGAUGACAACAGGGAUCCUCAUUCGAGGCAGCCGCCGCCGGCCGACGACUGGGACGAGCCAAACGCAGCCCUAAGCAAAACCCAAUGCCAUCAGUACCCGCUACCGUUUAACACAGUCCUCUUAGUGGACGAUCCGCGGAAGUUCGAGUCCUUUCUCGACGUGGGACUACAGGAUGUGGAUAUUGUAGGGAUCGACUGCGAAUGGAAGCCGAGCUUCGGGGGUAAGACGAGCGAACUAGCCCUGCUCCAAAUCGCUACAAGGCGCUCCGUUUAUGUGCUCGACAUUGUCACGCUGGGCGACAAGGCGCCCCAUUUGUGGAUGGAGUUGGGGAAAUUCCUGUUCAACAAUUGUGAUAUUUUAAAAUUAGGUUUUAGUCUAUCCAGUGAUAUCAGCAUGAUCAGGCACGCGUUACCCAAUUUGAACUUCAGUACCAAACACAUGGGAUUCCUGGACUUGUGCAUGCUCUGGAAACAACUGGAAAAGUACCCCAAAGUGCGCCUGCCCUUUGACGUGAAAACGGGCGGGCCCAGCUUGAGUACGCUGGUCCAUAACUGUCUCGGCCAUCCGCUCGACAAAUCCGAGCAAUUCUCCAAUUGGGAGAAACGGCCAUUGCGCGAAUCGCAAAUCUACUACGCCAGCCUGGACGCGUUUUGCUUGAUCCAGGCGUAUGACGUUCUUAAACGAUGUUUCGAGGAAGCCAAUUGCCCGUUUGACGACUUGUGCUACAGCUUGAUCCAGCACGAUAAAUCGCCAAGGAAAAAGCCGAGACGCGCCUUGAACCGAAGCGGGCAGGCUGAGAGCGACCCGCCUCAGCCCCCCAGUCCCCAAACGAGUUCUGUUCAGGCACACGAAGUGAAAAUGGUCUGCGACUCGAUGCUACAGGGCUUGGGCAGAAGCCUGAGACGAUGCGGUAUCGACACUGUCAUUUUGGAGAAUAAUCAGAGCCCUGAUGAGUGCGUAAAACACGCCGUGGUCGACAAUAGGUACAUUUUGACGAGGAAGAAAGGAUUUCGCGUGUUGAUCAAGUGCGUAACGGCCGGCCAAUGUUUGCGAGUGACGUCCGACCACCCCGAUGAACAACUCGAUGAGGUUCUGAACUUCUACAAAAUAGUUGUGACGAAGAACCACGCAUUCACUCGGUGUAUGGCUUGUAAUGGCAACAAGGUUAUCACAGUGCCACAGGACACAAUAAAGGCGCUACACAGUGCAGCGACGCCCCGUAAAUACGCGCCCCCCUGCGACGACGAGGAGGAAGCCACUGGAUUCACCAGCGAUGAAGACUUUGACGACUACGAAGUGGGCUGCUAUCGGCCCACAAAACCAGCCGAAAGCAAACAGUUGGCGUUUUGUGAGGCCUCUGCGACCAACUCGCACCCUUUGGCAACUUCCACUGUUUCAGACACGGACAAUCGGGUGGAUUUGGGACUUUGCCAGACCAAACUGGGGGUGCAAAUUAAGGUGAACUCGCUUCCGUUAACAGUUAUGAACACCCAUGAGGUGUUCUACAUUUGCGAAGAGUGUGGAGAGGUCUACUACGGCGGCUCCCAUUUCGAACGCAUACUCACUAGAAGGCUUCGGGAGACUGUGCAGUAAACUGUUGAUUUUUAAUACAAACUUUUUGGCGCAAAACGUC